GAUGCGCUGCUUAAAUGUGACAUCUUCGUGUUAUUUCGUCGGUGAACGCUCCGUGAAUCCAACUUUGGCUAACACGAUACACAACAUAAACAUACAACUCGUAGAAAUGAACCAACAUCAAUUGUCGAAAGCAUUAUGUCAGAUACUACUAGAGAACAUCGAAUGUCCGAGCUUCCAUAAACGCCUCUUCGGUCACGGCGUCCAAUCGUCAGUCGUGUUCAUCUUAUCAAGAUUUUGAACCGAAGGCGCCAUUUCGUGCGUUUGUGCCGUCGACUACUGUUUUUAAAAAUGGAUAUUGGAAUCGAAAACAUAGAUACGUUUACAAGAGAACACUUCGAACGGAAUAAUCUGGAUUUUCAAAGGGCACUGGACCGGAUUAUCAAAAAGUACUCCAGAGUUCAGUAUGAGGACGACGCGCUGGUGGUGGACCUCAACACAGCGGAAUUGGACUCUCUUGCCCGCUGCAUGGAGAGCUAUAAAAGACGCUUGAGCUUUGAUGGAGAGGAUGUUCCCAAAGCAGAUGGAGGACAUGUUUCCAUGGAUGAAAUGUCAUCGUGUUCAACAACUUUUCUGAGUGACCUCGAGACGACCAUUCAGCCCGAAGAUGAAGACAAGGAACUUGAAAUGACUCUGAAUAGUCGUAACAGCUCUUUGGCUGACGUCUACUCCAGUGCUGUCAAUCAUAUCAGCCAAGCCCAACUCCUCCAGCGUGUCUCCAAGGCUGCCGACUCCAUUGUUCGGAAGUACCGCAAAUGGCGCGUCCAGGCCAAUGCUAGCUUGAACAGCAGCGCUAAUGCCUCGUUCAGGCACAAAAGGCAGUGGCCUGAAGCACCCAAUACAGGACAGGGAAUGUCUUUUAGUGCCUUCAGGCGUCUGUAUCCUGAAGAUGGAGGCCGGGAUUUGACAGAUCAAUCUCCACAAAGACCAAGUGAAGUCCAGCAGCAUGCUCCUAAACAGGAGAGGGGUUACACACAAGCAUCUCCCCGAAAGCCCAUUUUUGUCAUGGACCUUUCUGCCAUUUCUCAUCUUCCCACUAAAAGAUCUGGAAUUCAGCUGAAUGAAACUUUCACCAUGUCAGACAUGCAGCCUUCCUAUGAGCCUUCAAGGCAUUGCAUUGCUAGCUCCACACGGAUCAACAGUCCUCCUGCAAAGGCCUCCCAGGACUUGUCACUGCGGUCAAAAAGGCUGUUACUUGCUGCACAUCAGCAGGGAAAUACAAAGUGCUCCCUGUACGCCCCCGAGUUCAACGUAGUCGAGACAUAUGAUGGCAAUGGCUCCCCAGACAGGCAAAAUCUUUUGAAAGCCAGGCAGAGAAACAGAGACAUCAGAAGAUCCCCAUAUGCUUUUCCGAAGGCCUUUUCCAUGGAGUUGCCCGGAACCUGCUCCAAUUUGAAUUCCACAUCAAGAUUCAGUGGUCAGUUGUCUCCUUCACAGAGAGCCCUAGAUACCCACCGACUCUCCCAGUCAAGCCUACGCUCCAAGUUUCGGCGGCAUCUUUCCUUCGACUCCUCACUGCAUACAAAAAGCAGCUCCUAUUUCCAGAAGAAUCUGGACGAUCACUUUACAAACGUCUACCAUAAGUACGUCUGCCUUAACAAGUCAUCUCUAUUCGCAAGCGUCUCCUGCCAGAAGUGUGCGCACAAAUCUGAAACCCGUAGACAUCUGUCUUCUCCGGCACUGGCUGCGCUUGUCUCGCCACACCGUGUCCUCAUGAGGAAGCGGUACCGGGAUGUGGAUAUGGAAAGCCCUCCAGAGGCCAAACGCUACAGAGGCUCUCCCUACAUGCCCUCUCCAGGGUCCAAGCGUUACAGCAGUGACGCGCUCAGGCGCUGCUUGUAUGCCACAGACUUGCCAGUGCCUGAUGAGAACUCAUUUCAAAGCUGCUAAAAACACUGCAUCGCUAUCUGCCUCACUGCCUUUCUGUCAUGGAGGCGUCUACUGGUAUGGCAGCAACUUUUGAAACGAUCAGCAUCGGGAAAAACGGAUGUGUACGCAUGUAUAAACGCCCCGUCCUCUUCCUGUUCCAACUUAAAAAAAAAAAGUGUUUUAUGUCAGUUCUAUCGUUUGUGUAAAAUGUGUCAUGUUCUGUAAUAACUGUCAAUAUUUCAUAAAAACUAUCAAUAAAGAUUGUCACUGGUAAGACAGUAAAUUUUGAAAUGAUCUGCGUGUUCAGUAAACGGUAAAAGAGGAUGUAUGGAUGUCCCGCAUUCUUCUUGUACUAAUUGAAAAAUAGCAUUUUAUAUCACCAUGUUCUGAUCAAAAUAAAUGUU